GCUAACUUGACGGACUUGUAGCUUGCAGCAGCGUCGCAAUCAGUCGCCUUUGGUCCACCUGGAGCUGCUUCCUCUGUCAACAAACAACUUCACUCCCCUCCAGACGGACUCAAAAUGCUGUCCUACAUUAUUGGGUUGAUCCGAGGCGGCUUUGACAGCAUCAUCAACCUCAUCUUCAGACUGUUGUUCUCCAAGAGGAGACCCGCCAUCACCUUAGAGGACCCCAACAUCAAGUAUGCGCUGCGGCUCAUAGACAGACAGAUUGUCAGCCACGACACCAGGAGGUUCCGCUUUGCUCUGCCUUCUCCUGAACACGUCCUGGGGCUGCCUAUCGGACAGCACAUCUAUUUGUCUGCAAAAAUAGACGGGAAGCUGGUCGUCCGUCCGUACACACCAGUGUCCAGCGAUGACGACAAAGGCUACGUGGAUCUGGUGGUGAAGGUUUACUUUAAAGGUGUUCAUCCUAAGUUCCCAGAAGGUGGGAAGAUGAGUCAGUACUUGGAGAGUCUGAAGCUCAACGACACCAUCGACUUCAGGGGACCCAGCGGCCUCCUGGUUUACAAGGGCAGAGGCGUGUUUGACGUUAAACCUGACAAAAAGUCUCCGGCCGACACCAAGAAAGCCAAACAUGUGGGAAUGAUCGCUGGAGGGACAGGAAUCACUCCCAUGCUGCAGCUAAUCACAGCAGUGAUGAAGGAUCCUCAGGAUAAAACUGUGUGUUACCUGCUUUUUGCCAAUCAGACUGAGAAAGACAUCCUGCUCAGACCAGAGCUGGAGGAGAUUCAGGUCAACAACCCCGACCGGUUCAAGCUGUGGUUCACCGUGGACAGAGCACCAGAGAACUGGGAGUACAGUCAGGGCUUCAUCAGUGAAGACAUGGUGAGGGAACACCUGCCUCCUCCCAGCGACGACACCCUCAUCCUUAUGUGUGGACCUCCACCCAUGAUCCAGUUCGCCUGCGACCCCAAUCUGGACAAAGUGGGCCACUCCCAAAGCCACAGGUUCACCUUCUAGUUGUCCGUCAUCACAGAGGAAUGGAGGUUUGGAAGCAUUAAAGCACUCGUAUGGCUCCAGAGGGUAUUGCACUAUGUAUUCUAUAUAUAAUAUAUAUCCCAUGAUAUUCAUCUGAGGACAGGAUCACAGUUUGGACCAAUUAAUGUUGGUGUGGUGGAAGGACAGGGAGCAAAGUGAAUAUAUGAAGUUGUUUGAAGAGUUUUCUGUUGGGAAAGUAAGUUUUUAGAGCUUUGGCUUGAAAAAUGAGGAUGUGAUUCUAAUGUAUUGUCCUGCUGUGGUCUCGUUGAGGUUUAUUGGCUGUUUUCUGAGUGCCUUAACACCUGCAAAGCUAAAAAACUACUAUUCAUUAUUCCAUUAUACCUGCUGUUACGUCACAGUUGUCGAUAUUUUGCUAAAACGUGUUCGCUAGUGGCUCUUUUCAGUGAAAUGAGGUCUUAUGUUCAUCUAUGCAGCAAAGAAUCAGCUACUGAUGUUUUUGUUAUUUUGUAUCACAAAGGCUUUGCAGAAGAAAUUCUAAAAUAAUUCAUGUUCAGAACUGUUGUAGUUGAGAUUCUACCAAAAGUGAAGAAACUUUUUCUUUGUCUCAUUUUUAUUACCAAAAAAAUCAAAAACACAACAGAACAAAACACAAUUGGUAUUCAUGAAAACAGAUUUCAUUGUAAAAACUUUUGGUUUCCAUGUUUAUGUUGACAGAAUAGUUGGACAUUCUAGAAACAAUGCUAAUGUUUUAGUAUGACACUAGAAUCAGGGAUAGUUAGCUUAGCAUAAAGACUGUAGACAGGAAGAAGCUGCUAGCUUGACUCCAUCAACAUGUUAAACCUCAUUUAUUGAAGCUGUGCAAGACCAAAGAUGUACAUGCUGUGAUUUUAGGUAGAGUUAUUGGUGAACCAUGUUUGUAUUAAACAAAUUAGAUGUAACAUGUAGGGCUGCCCCAAUUAAUGAUGAAAAUUCAUAUUCAGAUACUUGGUCCAGCCCUAUUUUACAGGUGGAUUUUUUUGACUUGGGAUGGAGACAUGGCAGCACUUCACCCUGUUUCUAGUCUUCAUGCUAAGCUAAUCACCUCCUGGCUGUAACUUCACAUUUGAACAGGACAGUUUGGUUUCUUUGACGUGCCACAGCACUGCAGGCAUGCAGACAGGAGGACCAGCAGUGGACAAUUUAAGUAGCCAUGUGUAAUUUAGUGGCUUAAAAAAAAAGAAUGGCAGUUUUCAGUGAAUAAUGUGUAGAAUAUUUCUCUGCUAACAGGAAACUGAAUUGGUGCGUUGCUCUCUUCAGAUCCACCACACUGUGUUGACAGAAAGUCAUUCUAAACUCGCAGAACAAGGCAGUUGCUGGGAUGUUGACCCAUUAGUUUGGAAUUUAACUAACGUGUUUAAACACUAAGCAACACUCAGUUUCUGUCAGCACAGUGUGGUGGAUCUGAGUAGAGUGAUAACAGCAAACAUGUAUAUUACAAGUACAUAUGCUGGUCCUCCUGUCUGCUUCUUCAAACUGGAGGUGUAUCGACAGUCAGUAAUACACCAACUGUACAUCAUGCAGUCCAACUUCAAAGAAACUGAAUUCCCUCUGAAGCUGUAUUUAUGCUCCUAUGUUGAAUCUGCCACAUGUAAAACACUGCUGUGAGUAUUUGCACUUGUGCGUUUCUGUGUUGAGUGUUUUUGUGUACUUCAAAUAAUGGCGACUGAGGUGGAGCAGAUCAUAUUGGAGUGAAUUAACCCUCCCUUUUUUUCCAAACUUUAAAACGGGUCAAUUUUGAACAACAGUUACUUUUACUAAAAUUACUGCAGGGCAGAGAAGAUUUUGAAAAAGAUUUUGAAAAUGACUGAGUCUAUACAUGAAUCGGUACAAUACUGAGUCUUGUUUUUGUCCAAAUCAAUAAGCUGUGUAUAUGCAACAUAUUACUACCAAUCAGGUUAAGCUGAAGGAUACAACCUAAUUCAGUAGAUUACAAUAGAUUCAGUGCAGAUAAGUCAGGUUGGAAUCUGGGGCGCACCUCUAACUUCAAAGUUAGAUUCCUAAAGUGGAACAAAACAGCUGUAAUUUUAUGUGGCCUGACCAUAAAGCAAGCUUGAGUGCUGUUUUCACUGCUCUACUGAUCCAUGUAUAGUCUCAGUCAUUACUGAUGCCUUCUCUCACCAUUGUUUGAAGUACACAAAGAAACACAAUGCAGUCGUAUAGAAACAACAGCACAUAAAGUCCAAAUACUCACAACAGCAUGGACUAUGAUGUAGACAGGAGUGGUAUAUUUGGAUCAUGUAAUUGUCAUUAAGAAUAUAAACACAGUUCUACUUCUCCCUUCUAGUGAAGUCUUGCUCCAUAGAUAAUUAUGGUUUUACUGGUGCAGGUUUUAAAAUUUCUGUCUCCACCACAAAUUAAACUGCAAAGGACACUUUGUGGAAAGAUGAACCACACACCUCCAUCAUAUUGGAGCAAUGAAAGAAACUUCCCAAUACAUUAGUUUUGAGUUCUUUUGUUCAGACAUAGAAUGAUUAGAGACACUUCUGAUGAAGGCAAGAGCUUUUGCUGAAACUGUCAAUAAAGUAAUCAACAGCUAAUCAUUCUAUGUCUGAACAAAAGAACUCAAAACUAAUGUAUUAACAAGAAGACAUGAACAUUUUUGAUCCAGAAACUUCCCAACCUGCAAAAGUACAAUCCUAUCUACCUCUGUAGCUCGGAUCCACUAGAAGUAAAUUUUAUUGUAAUGAAUUAAUGUUGAAGGGAACGAUGUAACUUCUCGUACCACAAACAUGAAUCUGACUACAGCUGAGUCCCUAAAUAAGGGGAGAAACGCUCAAAGCUUCACUCACUGAUUACUGAAUAAAAAACAUAAAUGCUUGAAUAAUAAACUAAAUGCAGAAAGGGGUACAUUAAUGCUACAAAAUGUUUGCAUUUUCAGUUCAUGCAAUAUGUUUUGGACAACUUCAAUAAAUAUAUAUGGUCAUGGAAA